UAGCUGCUGAGACGGUCUGAAGGCGCAUAGCGGCGCCGCGCAGCGCAACAACUCAUCCAAGGAGAGAAAACACCUGUUACUGGCGGAGCAGGCGGAGAGGAAGAAAGAAAGGAAGAAAGAAAGACAACAGUGUGUGUGUGUGUGUUUCUCAGCCCUACACACUUGACCACACUUUGCUGCCACAUCCCAUUCUCCAGUGGGACAAUGUGGGUUCUGGAUAAGAUCCGUGGGUCGGUGGAGACUGGUAUACUGAGACAGGGAGAGAAUGGAGACAAGAAAGUCAUCGCCCCAGCCUACAGUAACGUCCUCACUCCGGACAAGAUCCCAGACUUUUUCAUUCCUCCCAAGCUCAUCAGCUGCCCCCCAGAGCCCGAGGUUCCCAAUGUGAAACCCAAGGAAGGGCUGCAGCCGUCCACUUCAGAGCACACCAUCAGCAGUGGGAAGAAAAGCAGCAGCCAGAAAAGUCCUCGUCUGAUGGCCAAGAUUGCAGGAGACACAAAGAACUUGUUGAGAGCAGCAAACCGCCACAUCAUACAGAUCGAGAGUGCUGAUGAUGUCGUGGCUGGAGACACCAACGCAGACCCCCAGUCACAGACGGCCAUGUCCCUGCCGUAUGUUCCCAAGACUCAGACGUCAUACGGAUUUGCGACCUUGAAAGAAAGCCCGCACACUCGCCGAAAAGAAUCUCUGUUCCACUGUGAACUGACCAGUCCCAUCACCUCCCCAAACCCGCAGAGGAAGACCCAGGGGAAAGGCGGCGACGCAGGAAACCACCUGAAUCCCGCCGACGUCAACACGUCUCACAUGAAUCCUUAUCGUUACUUCAGCGGUGGAGAAAGUGACACGUGCUCCUCAGCGGAGUCCUCACCCUUCAGCUCUCCUCUGCUCUCCCGCUCCGCGUCUCUGCUCAAGAUCUUCACCCAUGAGACACAAGCGAAAGUCGUGAAAGCCAAGCGGACGUUCGCUCGCCACAGCUCCCUCUCCACAGACGAGUGCAGCUCAGCCGAGCCCAGUCCCAACAUCCCGCGACGGCUCCACGUCCCUUCCUUUCACUAUGGUGCUGGCGCGUCCGACCACGGCCUCCACCAAGAGCACACCAUCAACCUGCACAAAGGUGGAGUGGUUAGGAUCAAUGCCAACUAUGACUCCAGCACUUCCCGCCUCCUGAUCCGCGUCCUGGCAACAGAGAGUCUAUACGACAAGCACUUUGACGUGAAGAGCAUCAACUGCUGUGUGUCCGUCUACCUGAACCCGGGCAAGCAGCAGAAGCAAAGGAGCAACAUCAUCAAGAACAGCCGCAACCCGGUCUUCAACGAGGACUUCUUCUUUGACUCGAUCAGCUCGGUUCAGGUGAAGAAACUGUCGGUGAAGUUCAAGGUGGUCAACAAAGGCACCAGCCUGAAGAGGGACACACUGCUGGGAGAGCGAGAGGUGCCAUUAACAAAGCUGAUCCCCGGGCUUUAGAUCCACAUGACCUGGAGGUCAAAGUAGCCAAAAACAAACGAUGUGGACUGGAACAUAAAUUAGAUGUUUGCACUGGUUUCUAUAGGUUCUUCUCUUUUCUUUUUUUAUAAUCGUAGCUUAAGGGCAUAAAGUGAGACAAAGUGAUCCAAUGAAGACAUAGAUUUCUAGAAAGAGAGUCUCAAGUGAGAGCACCAAGUUUAAGAAAACGCAACAGAUGAAGGAUUUCUCGUGGUUCCUUCAACUGAACACGUGUCCCCAACCAACACCAACGUCCUCAGUCAAGGCUGCUUCAAGCAUUGGACAGCACCUGUGCAUCAGCCUGUCUCGAUGUGCUUGUGUCUCACUCUUAUUAUUGAGUGUAUGCAUGUUUUUUUUUUUUUUUUUAUUAUUAUUGUAAUGUGAUACAAAUCCACAACAGCACAGGACGGGGAGUCUACAUUAGCCGUGCUGUUGUGUGUUCAGCACAAAGAUACCUUUGUGUGCCAGUGUGAGCUUUGAAGUGGCACUACAUCCUGAUGUGCAAAUGACCCUUUGAUCCCAGUUACCAUGGCCCACCUCAUGCAGGGGGAGGGAGGGAGGGCAAGGCCAAACAGAGCAGUCACGAUAAUCACAAUUACAUGCUCGUGAAAGAUAUAUAGAUCAUAAUACAAUUGAUAAUGCAAAGCCUAUGGUUGCCAUGGUUGGAUCUUUACAUGUGUGUGUGUGUGUGUGUGUGUGUGUGUGUAUUUGUGCGGAUCUUGAAGGUGGAGUGGUUUAGUCUAUUAAAGUUUGGUCUAAAAACAUAUAGAGAAGGAAAUCUAAAGCUUAUUUUGAUAAGAUUCUUUCCUGCCUGUCACAAAGACAUAUCAACAAAGUCUGAAGUUUACGUCUUAUAGUGGAGUAAUGCCACAACCUUUGAAAACAGUAACAAUUAGAGACAUGAUACAUGUAAUUAAACAUAGAUCUUAGUGAGAUUUUGUCAUUAGCAUGUGGGAAAAGUGACAUCGUAAAUAGCAUCAUGGUAAAAUUAUACGCACAAAAAGAUAAUAUUGUUUGGUUGAGGUAAUGUGGGUGUGUGAUAUUUCUGUUAUUCUAAAGUUAUAUCGACUUUUAUUGAGUCAAACGCUGCAUCUGGGAUGUUUGUCUGUAAAUUGCAGGUUCCCCAUUGAUUUUGUCUGACAUAUUGACGCUGUUUGUUUUCUCCUAACACAACUUUUGGUGAUAUUUUAAAAUGUCCUUCACUGUUUGGAUGGGUGUUCAUUUGUUUGCCGACUGCCUGCGUUGCUGUGUUAUCAUCACCAGCUGUCCAUUGGCAAAAUAGCAUGAAACCAACAGCAGGUGUUUUUUAUAUAUAUAUAU